CUGGGAUUGGCAAAACCCACGGAGGUGCAGACCCGGGCCCUUUUGGCGCUCCGGUCGAAAAAGGACGCGCUGCUCGUCGCGCCGACGGGCUCGGGGAAGACGCUCGCGUACGCGCUCCCCGUGCUCGAGGCGCUCGCGGCGCGCAAGAAGGGCCGCGGCGACGGCGCGGGCUGCCUCGUGCUCGCGCCGACGCGCGAGCUCUGCCUGCAGAUCGCCGACGUCGUCGAGGUCGUCGCGAGGAAGUACGACGUGUCGAUCGUCCCCGGCGCGAUCACCGGCGGCGAGCGGCGCAAGUCGGAGAAGGCGCGGCUCCGCAAGGGCCUGAGCCUGGUGGUCGCGACGCCGGGCCGGCUGCUGGACCAUUUGAAAUCGACGGCCUGUUUGAAAUUCGACGCUUUGGACUGGGUGGUUUUGGACGAGGUCGACCGGCUCCUGGACAUGGGCUUCGGCCCGCAGAUCGACGACAUCAUCCGGCGGCUCGGCGCCAAGACCUACGUGACCGUGCUCGUCACGGCGACGAUCACGGCCAAGCUCGCGGAUCUGGCCAAGGCCCAUUUGGGGCGGGACCACGCGCUCGUCGAGGUCGCGAAAAGGGAGACGGCGCCCGGCGCGGUGGAGACCAUCGCGAUGCCGGAGACGCUGGCCCAGUCCUACGCCAUCUGCACGCUCAAGCUCCGUCUAGGCGCCCUCGCGGCCAUGCUCCGGGACCACCCGCACGCGAAGACGCUCGUCUUCGUGUCCACGUGCGCGUCCGCGGAGUUCCACGCGGAUCUCCUCAAUCGGCCCGAGUGCCGCCGGCUCUGGGAGGGCGCGACCAAGGCGCCCCGCGUCGCCGGCCGGCUCCACGGGAACAUGAAGCGCGACGAGCGCCGGGGCGCCUACGUCGAGUUCUGCCGCAGCGGCGCCGCCGUGCUCGUCGCCACGGACGUCGCCGCGCGCGGCUUGGACUUCGACGCCGCCAAGGUCGAGCGGGUCGUCCAGCUCGACGCGCCGCGCGACGCGGGCACCUACGUGCACCGCUGCGGCCGCGCGGGCCGCGCGGGCAACGCCGGCAGCUCGACGCUCGUGCUCCUGCCGUCGGAGCGGCCCUUCCUCGACGCGCUCGCGCGCCGGCUCCGCGCCGGCCCGCCGCGGCGGUCCGCGCUCGCGUCCAAGGCCCACUUCGACGACGCCAAGGCGACGGCGGCGGCGACGGUGCUCGAGAAGCUCGUCGCCGGCGACGACGACCUCGGCGCCAAGGCGCGCGACGCCUUCUCGGCGCACGUCCGCGCGUACGCGAGC